CCGCCUCGCGCACGUCGGAGGAGCUGAGUUGGAGGAUCAUGGCGGAACGCAGGAGGCACAAGAAACGGAUCCAGGAGGUGAGCGAGCCCACCAAGGAGGAGAAGGCGGUGGCCAAGUACCUCCGUUUCAACUGCCCCACCAAGUCCACGAACAUGAUGGGCCACCGGGUCGACUACUUCAUCGCCUCCAAGGCUGUGGACUGUCUGCUGGACUCCAAAUGGGCCAAGGCUAAGAAGGGAGAGGAGGCGCUCUUCACCACCAGGGAAUCUGUGUUGGAUUAUUGCAACAGACUCCUAAAGAAGCAGUUCUUCCACCGCGCUCUCAAAGUGAUGAAGAAAAAACCAGAGAAAGACACCAAGAAGGAGAAGGAGAAAGAGAAAGAGAAAGAGAAGGCCAAGGGCGACAGCAGCAAAGAGGAGGAGAAAAAAGGAAAGAAGGAGAAAGAGAAGAAGAAAGAGUCCGAGGCCGGGGAAACCAAGAAAGAGAAGAGCGAUGACAGUCCCGGGAGCCCCAAGAAGAAGAAAGAGGUGAAGAAGAAGUUUAAAUUGGAGCCUCAUGAGGAUCAGCUGUUCCUGGAUGGAAAUGAGGUGUACGUGUGGAUUUACGAUCCCGUCCACUUCAAGACGUUUGCCAUGGGAUUGAUACUGGUCAUUGCAGUGAUAGCAGCCACGCUGUUUCCACUGUGGCCAGCAGAAAUGCGUGUAGGCGUUUAUUAUCUAAGUGUUGCAGCCGGCUGCUUCGUGGCCAGUAUAUUGCUUCUUGCUGUUGCCCGCUGUAUCCUCUUCCUGAUCAUCUGGCUCGUGACCGGCGGGCGCCACCACUUCUGGUUCCUGCCCAACCUGACAGCGGACGUGGGUUUCAUCGACUCGUUCAGGCCGCUCUACACUCACGAGUACAAAGGUCCUCGAGCCAGCAACAAGAAGGGCUCAGACAAGUCGGACGAGAAGGACAGCGGCGCCUCCACCAAGGCUCAGAAGUCGGACAGCGACGAGAAGUCAGACAGCGAGAAGAAAGACGGCGACGACGAGGACUACGACGAAGAGGACGAGAGCAAAGAGGCGGGGCCGGAGGAGAGUAAAGAAGCGGAGGGGGAGGGAACGGGGGCGGAUCGCCACUCGGACACAGACAGCGACCGCCGGGAGGACGAAGGCUCGCAGCACAGCAACGGAAACGACUUUGAGAUGAUCACCAGGGAGGAGCUGGAGCAGCACACAGAGGAGGAAGAGGGAGAGGAGGAGGAAGAGGAGGAGGAGGAGGAGACGCAAGAGAGGAAAGAAGGGGGUGGGAGUGAGACUAAACCCCAGACUGCUGAAACAUAAACUCUUACAAUCCUGUCACACUCUACUUUUCUCUCUGUCCUUCCCUCCCUUCCUCCUGUGAUCCCAGGACCUGCUAGUCCAGUCUCUCUGAGCCCGCCGGGAGGAGGAGAGGCUCCCAUCUCUUGUUGUUGAGAUCUUCCACUAAACAGUACCGACAGACCAGUACCGGGAUAGACACAGCGGUGAAAGUAAACGGCUAUGACAAUGGGGAAAAAUGUAUAAAAAAAAUAUAUAGAAGCCUUACGGUGGAUCUGAUUCCUCCCACCCAAAUGUUAUUUAUGCUAUUAAGUAAAAAAAACAAAAAAAAAAAAACAAACUGCCACCGGACAUGUUCGCCUGAGGAAGUUGUCACAAAAAAAAACACCCAUCAGAUCAACAAGAACUCUGAUGGAGAGUUUUCAUUUCUUUUUGUUUGUUUGUUUUCUUCUCCUCGAUCUCUCGUGUCAUUUCAACUCAAAACGUCUCUUGUUUUAUUUAUGUCCCUUUUCUUUGGUUAAAAACAGACCAGAAAGAGAACACAUGCUGGUUUCUUGUCCCUCCUCCUUUUCAUUUCAUUUCAUUGUCGUCUUUGAGCCCCAAGUUGUUGGUACAAUCGCAUUCGUUUUUGGAGAUUUUGGGGCACCUGAUUUUUUUUUUUUAUCCUUUUUUUUUUUUUUUUUUUUUUUUGGUCAUCUCUGCCAGGAGCACACUUCACAUCCUGUUAAAUGCCAGCGAGUCUGAUAACUUUCUCAGGCAGCACUUAAAGCAGCGCGUCUGCUUUUGUCAAUGAAACCUGAACUAAGCCGGAUGGACCAAAUCUUGUCGUUUACUCAAAAGGAACCUAAAAAAAAAAAACAACAAAUCGACCAUUUUGUGGCUGGAUAGAGUAUUCGGAGAGCAGAACAGUACGAGGUACUUGCCAUUUUCAGUAAAAAAAAAAAAAAAAAGCAUUUUUUAUGGCUGAUGAUCAUAGUGCAAUCCUCCACACAGUCUGAAGUACUUCUAGUUCAUGUUUAAUAACGUGGGACUCAUCUUUAAGAGUAAAUGUGAGCAACUGGGACAUAGCUGGCAUACUUCAUUUUCUUUAUUUUUUUCUUUUUUCUUUUUUUUUUUUUUAAAAAGGUUGCAUUAAAGCUAGAAGAUAACACAUUCAGUGAUUAACUGUCUAUUUGCAAACAGAACCAGAUAAUAAAGUAAAGCAAAUUAGUGCCAAACACGACUAAUAAUAAUCUUAUGCAUGUUGAUUUAAUAUGGACAGUUGAGUGUGAGCGA